AUGAUUAAUUUUGGUGAUUUAGUGGGACAUAAAUUAUUUUGUUAUGAUUCUGUUGUAUACACUUAUUCAGGGGAAGAUUUGUUAAUUUUAGAAAAGGAGACUAUGAAAUUGAAUAGCAGAAUCAAUGUAGGCUCAUUAAUUUAAACAAUUGCUGUUAAUGGAGAUAUAUUUGUAUUGACUUGCAAUUCUCAAUUUCUUGUGUACUCUGUAGAUGGGAAAUAAUUAUAGAGCAAACACCAUAAAGGAAAGGUAUUCCAACAUGUCUGUUUUCAUAAUGACCAUUUUAUUGCAUAUGAUGGAAAUAACAUUGUUAGAGUAGGAACCACUUGUUCGAAAAUAUAUGAUGCGUAAUCAUUUACUAAAAUAAAUUACAUUCAAUAUUCAGGAUAUAAGGAACACUUAAUUAUUGCAGAUGAUAAAUAAAUUCAUGUUAUUGGCAAUGAAGACAAAAUCCUUAGAGACUUCGGACUUGCAGUAACUAUUAUGCAAUUAGAUGAUGAUUAAGAUCUCUUGGCUUGUGGAUUAAGCAAUGGUUAAUUAAUCUUAUUAUAAUUCUCUACUGGUAUCAUUGUGUAAUAAGACCAUUGGCAUGCUCAUUAAAUUAAUGCAUUGCUAUUUGCAGGAGCAUCACUCUAUUCUGCUGGUUAGGAAGGUGUCAUUGUGUAAUGGCAUUUGAGAGUAGCAAGAAAGGCCUUCUUUCCAAGAUAAGGAGGAGAAAUUGUAGCUAUGUGUAGUAAUGAUGAUAAUCUCAUUAUUAACAUAAAAGGAAUCAAUCAAAUUAAAUAGAUUUCCUUGAUGGGCUAGAAUAAAUUACCCUAUUUUCAGGGAAUUCAUCAUGUUUACCCUAAUAGUUUUAUCACUUAUUAGAAUAAAUUAAUCACCUAAGGAGCAAAUGGAACCUUAUAAGUUAUUCAUCCAACAUAAGGUACUUUAUUGCACAUCAUUCCUAUUUAACAAAGAAAUUAUGUAUCUGAUAUUGAUAUUGAAGAUUCAUACAAAAGAGAUAGAACCACAAUUAAUUAAGUAAUUUUUAUCAUAUACAUUAUAGUUUGCUAUGUUGGAUAGAUUUUUGAUUGUCAUUUUGAGUUCUGAACUAAAAUAAACGCUAUCAAUAUUUGAAAAUGUUAAUAAUUUUGAAUUUAAUCUUUUAACAACCACUGAUUAUGAUAUUGAAGGAAUGGAUACAGGACAUAAUUCAAUAAUCACUUGGGGUAAUGGAGAAAUUAGAAUAUGGAGAUAAAUCAAGUAAACAAAAGGAUAAUUCAAUUGGAAUUGUGUUUUCAGAGGUCAUGGAUACAAAGGAAGAAAUAUAUUAACAGCAUAUAUAAAAGAUGAAACCACUAUUGUCAUUGUUACUUCUAUUAGUAUAUUGCAUAUCAAUACAAAAAAUAAUAACAUUAUUAAAGAGGUGACUUUGGAUUAAACAACUCCUGAGGUUGCUCACAUUUACUAAUCUGGUGUUUUAGUUUGUAAUGGCGGAACAAUUACAUUCUAUUAGGAUACUAAAAAAUAGAUUAUCACCUAAUUUGGUAAAGCUAAAUCCAUCAGUAAAAUAAAUGACAAUUUAAUUGCUAUUUAAUAUGAAAAUGAAUAGGCAUUGAUUGUAGAUAUUAAAUAAUCUAAAAUUUUGCAUGGAAUUGCUUCUCAGAAAUUAAUCUCAGCAACUUUAAAUGGCAGGUGUACUAUAUUCAUCUAAUAUUGUUAGGACUUUAUUGUACUCUUACAUAAGCCAGAAUAAUUAAUAUAAAUAUGUAACAGUUCUAAGCACAGAGAGAAAGGCUUCCCUAAUGAUGGAUGAGUAAGAGACAGCUCAUUUUGAAUAAGUUGAGUAACCUGAAAAACCAAUCAUUGAAGAUGCAGCACCACUUGAUCCAAAUGUUUAUAGACGUUUGCAAUUAGCUAAAUAAGCUAGAUAAAUGUAAUAUUAUUGAUUAUUUUAAGAAAGGAACUCAACAUUAAAGAAUUUUUAAUCCCACAGUCACAAAUGUUGCCUUCACUAACAUUCUUGGCUGAUCGAGUUGUAGAUGUUUUGAAAUAAGAUUUGAGUGAAUAAUAAAAGCAUCAAUCGUAUGGAAUUGAUCUAAAUCAAUAAGAAAAAGAGAGUAAUCAAUAAUAGACUUCAAUCUAAUUACAUUAAUUAAAGAAAUUGUUUAAAUGA